AUGGCCUCAGGAUAUGUCUUACCGCCGCCGGCGCCGCUGGAGAUACACAAUAGCAAUGCUGCUGACAAAUGGAAGCGAUUUGUGCUCGCUUGGAAAAACUACUCGUUGGCGACUGGGUUGAACGAGAAAGCUGAAGCCGUACAAGUAGCUACGUUGCUAACAGUUAUCGGUGAAGAGGCGAGAGAAGUCUACUCGACAUUUACCCUGACCGAAGGAGAGACAGACAAGAUAGAGCCUGUCAUAAAGAAAUUCGCCGAGUACUGUCAACCAAGAAAGAACGUGCCGGUCGAAAGAUUCCGUUUCAACCAGCGAAUGCAAGAGCCUGGAGAGUCCUACGAGCACUAUAGAACAGCGCUGAGAAAAUUGGCCGAGUCCUGCGAGUUUGAUACGAUUACGCCAGACGAAAUACUUCGAGAUCGGUUGUUAUUUGGAAUACAUGACACGAAGGUCAGAGAAAGGUUGUUACGCGAGUCCAAAUUAACACUAGCGAAAACAGAUGAAAUUUGCCGAGCGGCUGAGAGUAUGCUUGCUCAGAUGAAAAUAGUCAAAGAUACAUCUGAGACAGACGUCAAUGCCGUGAGUAAAUUCGAGUCGAAGAAACCCAACAUCAAAAAUUAUCGGCGAAAGCAACGAGGUCAAGGCAAACAAUGUGACAACUGUGGAUACCAACAUAUGGCAAAUCAGGAAUCGUGUCCCGCACAAGGAAAGGACUGCCGGAAGUGCGGAGCGAAAAAUCACUUUGCCAAUAGAUGCAAACAGGAAGUCAAGGCUACCGAAGUCGAAGAAACAGAUAUGUAUCCUGAGGAGACAUAUCAAACGGAGGAAGUAUUGGCCGUCUGGUUGGAUGAUUCGCAGCUGGUCACAUUUCAAUCAGAGUCUGGAAGUUUCAUCCGUUUCCAACCUGAUACUGGUGCACAAUGCAAUGUGUUGCCAGUGCACAUAUACAAGCAGGCGUGUAACGACCACAAGCUAGUAAAAGUGAAACCCGUGCAAACGUCCUUAGUGGCGUAUGGGGGAUCAAAGAUCAAAGUCGUCGGGCAUGUCACCAUUAGAGUGUGGAGAAACCAUGUAUCGUGCCAGCUGGAUUGUCGCCUUGUUGACAGCCAUGAAAUCCGCCCGAUUCUGGGGCGUAAGGCAUGCCUUGGCAUGAACAUUAUACAGUACAAUGACAACGACCAGUUUCACAAACCGCAGACAGAUGGAGCGACAGUGUUCACCGUUGACCCCAAACCAGGAGCUGCACUAACAAGAGAAGAAAUAUUGGCUAAGUUCCCAGCAGUGUUCAGUGACGGGGUUGGCAAACUUGAUGGAGAAUACACCAUCAGACUAGACACAAACGCUCAACCAGUACAACACGCACCACGUAGAGUUGCAGUAGCCCUAAGACCCCAGCUCAAGAAAACCUUGAAUGAUCUAGUGGACAAAGAGAUAAUAGCACCGGUGACCACACCCACCUCGUGGAUCAGCUCUAUGACCCAAAGGAUCUCAACAAAGCCAUCCAGAGGGAAAACUAUCCCCUACCCCCUAGAAGAGGUUGCAACACGAUUACACGGUGCCAAGGUGUUCACGUUGUUGGAUGUCCGCAACGGUUUCUGGCACGUCCAGCUAGAGGAAGAGUCGACCUAUCUAACAACUUUCCAUACACCGUUUGGCCGAUACCGAUGGAAGAGAAUGCCUUUCGGGAUCUCCUCAGCACCAGAAGUGUUUCAAAGAAAGAUGCAUGAAUUUGCCGAAGGUCUGACUGGAACCGAAGUUGUUGCUGAUGAUUUCCUGGUAGUGGGCUAUGGCGAGAGCUACGAGGAGGCAACGGCGGAUCACGACAGGAACCUCCUGGCAUUCCUAAACCGUUGUGAUCAACGGGACAUACACCUGAAUCCCGACAAGAUGAGACUUAGGAAAUCAGAGUUACUCUUCAUUGGCCACAUAGCAACUGACAAGGGACUUAAAGUCGACCCUGCUAAAGUGCGAGCAAUUGUGGACAUGCCCUCACCGACCGACAAGCUUGGGGUACAGCGUCUGUUAGGCCUAGCCCAAUACCUUGCAAAGUUCCUGCCCCAGCUGUCAGACAUCACAAAGCCGCUGAGGGAUCUCACACAGAGCGACGUGCAGUUCAUCUGGGAUGAUGCGCAACAGUUUGCGUUUGAAAAGCUAAAGGAUGCCGUUACAGUCACUCCAGUAUUGCGUUACUACAACCUAGACGAGGAGAUUACACUUCAGUGCGAUGCGUCGCAGAGCGGAUUGGGUGCCGCAUUACUACAGAAUGGCCAACCAGUAGCCUACGCAUCACGUGCACUCACGCCCGCUGAGACGCGUUAUGCACAGAUUGAGAAGGAGCUGCUCGCGAUUGUCUUUGCGUGUGACCGUUUCCAUACGUACGUCUACGGCCGCGAAGUCGUCAACAUCGAGACUGAUCACAAGCCUUUGGAACCAAUCUUCAUCAAACCUCUGGCGACUGCUCCGAAACGCCUACAACGAAUGCUGCUGAGUCUGCAGAGUUACAGUCUCAAUGUGAAGUACAAGAAAGGCAAAGAUCUUUACUUGGCUGACACCCUAAGCAGAGCUUACCUACCCGAAGUCAACGCCUGGGAGUUUACCAGGGAGCUGGAGGAGAUUGACCAUCGAUCAUGGAUGCCAGUGAGAGAAGAGACUUGGCAGCAACUCAAAAAUGCAGCAGUAGAUGAUGCGGUGCAACAAAACCUUCGAGAGGUUAUAAAGAGAGGUUGGCCAGAGAGCAAAACAGACCUGCCGGAGUGCGUGCAUCCUUACUUUGAUAUUCGAGACGAGCUAACUGUCCAAGAAGAACUCAUCUUUAAAGGCCAACAGUUGGUGGUUCCUAGAGCCCUGAGGAAGGAGCUUAUGGAAAAGACACACUCAUCCCACAUCGGUAUAGAAGGCUGCAUAAGACGAGCAAGAGACACGUUUUUCUGGCCGCGGAUGACUGUCGAGUUGAAGGAGUACAUCACAAAAUGCGAAGUAUGUUUGACUCAUCGCAGUGGCCAACGAAAGGAGCCAAUUCUCCAACAUGAGUUUGUCGCUCGAUCUUGGGGAAAGGUCUCAGCUGACCUCUGUGAGCUCGACAACCGAACACUGUUAGUGGUCAGUGACUACUUCAGCAACUACAUAGAAGUGGCCCGGCUUAACACAGUGACGUCACGAGCAAUAAUAAAGGAGCUGAAGGCAAUAUUUGCCAGGUUUGGCAUCCCAGACACCCUUAUAACCGACAAUGGACCGCAGUUCGCAUCAGCGGAGUUUAGUGUAUUUGCCAAGACCUGGAUGUUCGAACACAAGACGUCAUCCCCAAGAUAUGCCCAAGCAAAUGGGAAAGCGGAAAAUGCUGUACAGACAGUAAAGAGGCUGUUUAAAAAAUGCAAGACAUCCGGGGGGUCAGAAUUCCAAGCACUUCUCGACUGGCGGAAUACUCCGACUGCUGGAAUCGGAACUAGCCCGGCCCAGCGCCUUUUCGGACGUCGAUGCAAAACACUUCUCCCUGUGGCUGGUUCCCUACUACAGCCUAGCUACAACACUGAAGAGGACACCAGGAAGUUGAUAGGUACCAAGCAACGCCAGAAGUUUUAUUACGAUAAGCACAGCAAGCCCCUGGAGCCCAUCGCUGUCGGCGAAACUGUGCGCAUGAAGCUACCAGGACAAGACACGUGGACGCCUGGUACGUGUUUAGGUCAAGCCGGACCUAGGAGCUACAACGUCGAGACUGAAGGUACCACCUACCGACGAAACCGCCGACAGUUGAUCAGCACUGGAGAAAAAAACAGCCAAGUACCUGAUGUUCUGGAAUCACCAGAACCCGAUGAUGCUCAGCAGCAACCCAGCCAGGUUGCCCUGCCACCAGAUUCUUCACAGGCUAUAACAAGGCCUCGGCGGGAGGUGAAGCCUCCUGCAUGGCUCAAAGACUAUGUGCCAAAAUAA